GGCGCGGCCGGCGCGGCGGGAGGAGGGGCGAGACGCGCAGCAGCUGACUGCGGGCCACGUCAGCUGAGAGCGGCCGCGCCGGGAGGCCAGACUGCGCCGCCGCCGCCGCCGCCGCCUUUCACCUGCGGACCGGGCCGUUCCGGACCGGCGGCGGGCGCGGCGGGCAGUGCGCGCGGAAUGGCGGCCGGCCGCGGAGCGCCGACAGCUGCCAUGCUGCGAGUCGCUGCCGUCUGGUGUGUGGUGGCUCUCGUUAGUGGACAGGGGCAGCAGCAGCAGCCCCCGGCGCAGCAACAACAGCCCCCAGUGCAACAGCAACCCCCAGUGCAACAACAGCCCCCAGUGCAACAACAGCCCCCAGUGCAACAACAGCCCCCAGUGCAACAACAACCCCCAGUGCAACAGCAGCCCCCAAUGCAACAGCAGCCCCCAGUGCAACAGCAGCCUCCGGUGCAGCAACAACCCCCGGUGCAACAGCAGCCCGCAGUGCAACAGCAGCAGCCCCCUCCCGCUCCUCCACCACAGCAGCUGCAGGGUCAGCAGCAGCUCACGCCGGAGCAGCACGCCCAACUCCUGCAUCAGCAGCAGCAGCAGCAUGCUCAGAUGCAGGCCCAGCAGCAUGCUCAGAUGCAGGCCCAGCAGCACGCCCAGAUGCAGGCGCAGCAGCAGCUGAGCCCGCAGCAGCAAGCGCAGAUGCAGGCGCAGAUGCAGGCUCAGAUGCAGGCUCAGAUGCAGGCCGGGCAGCGAAUGCCGCCGGGCGUGCCGCCGCCGCAGCAGCACAUGGCGCCGCCGCCGCCCGGCGGCCAGGGCCAGCGGCUGCCGCCGGCGCCGGCGCCCGGCCAGCCGCAGCCCACGCUGCCCGGCGGCGCCAAGCUACCCGUCGCACACCACCAGCCCAUGGGCAAUCAGCCGAUCGACCCCGAAUUCGACAUCAUGGCUCCGGGCCUGGCGAUGGACUACCGGAUCUGGGUGGAGGCCGGCAAGGAGGAGUGCUUCUACCAGUACGUCCAGCCAGGGGCUCAGUUCUACGUCAGCUUCCACACGCUGCGCGGCGGGGAUGGCAUGACGGGGUUCGCGGUGCGCGACCCCACCGGCCAGCUGGUCCACCCGUACCAGUGGAAAAAGCAGUCCGAGUACGAGACCACCUCCGAGACGGGCGGCUACUUCACCUCCUGCAUCGACAACCAGUUCUCCCGCUUCGCCGGCAAACUGGUCAACAUGUACCUGACCACCUUCAGAUACGAUGAGUGGGAGCAACAUUCGGACGAGCUGGAACAGUACGAUAUUGUCGCAACAAACUUCACGAACGGGCUCGGUCUGGUGGACCACAAGGUGCAGAUCGCCAAACAGUACCUGAGCCACUCCAAGUCGCGCGCCGCCAACGACUGGGAGCUGCUCAUCUCCAACAACGCGUACGUGCUGCGCUGGUCGCUGAUCCAGGUGGUGGUGGUGGUGGCCACCGGCUGCCUCCAGGUGUUCUUCGUGCGCAAACUGUUCGACACGCAGGCCAAGCCCCGCGGACGGAUAUGAGACGGACAUGUGGGUCCGCCCAGUGCUGGCCACGGCUGUGUCCGGUGAGCCCCGCGGAGGCCGCGGCUGUGUCGGGUGAACCCCAGAGACCGAGUGUGUUUAGAGGAGCGACCGCCGCGGUGGACCGUGUACAGUGUCGUGUGACGGACGUAUGGUCACGUUAACGGCAGCUGCCGGGGAGUGUCGGCGAGUGACUGUGUGCUAUCCGCGCAUUGAUGGCUGCUCUCCGGGUGCGCCGCUGUGUGUCAGAGGGCCGGCUUCCCCGGUGUGUCGGCAUGUCAGACGGGCGCGGCGCGGCCGUGUCAGCCGACUGCGGCUCGAUGCCGGCGAGGUAUGCAGGUGGGACGGUGAGCGGACGCGGCUCGGGAACUCGGACAGGGCUGGUGGAGGUUACCGUGGCCACAUCAACAGCGUGGUCCACAUGAUCUGACAUACGUACCUACUUUUUACAUUCCUGUUUUACUAUGCGACUUCGCAUUUUAACGAAUGAGCAUACCUACCAAACGCGUGCAUGUUUGCUCAUUUGACAUGCUUGUGAUUCAAGGGAAGGUAACUCGGCAGUCGGCGGUGGGUAGGUACCAACAUUAUGUCAGUUAUUUUAUCUGGCUUCUCUGGUGCAAUGUAUGUAUUUGUUGCUCUUUCCCCUGAAUCUCCCAUUCAUUAUCGGUGCCUUUGUUGGAUACCUACUUCAUAAAAUCAAAAUAAAUAUGACAUGUUUGAA